AUGCCCAACCUAGAAGAGGCAGACAUAGAAAGGGAUGAAGAGGACAUGGAGGUGUUAGAAGAGGCUGCUGAAUUCCCACCUCCAGGCUCCUAUGCACCUGAUGUUAUGGCUUUACACAAUAUGCUUGCCAACGAUGAUAUGCCUAUUUUUGCUGUUUACAAAAAACUCAGCAUUGUCUCCCAAUUUUGCCAUGCCCCUUUGCCAUGUUCAGGAACACCUCUACAGAUAUGGGACAAGAAAGUGCGGAAUGGGCACAUAAAAACAAUAACGGAUGAUGACAUCCGGUCUGUGGUCCUGGAGAUGAAGGGAACUAAUGUUUUUACUGUCAAAAAAAAUGUUAGCACUACAUACAUCACGUGCCCCGCUGACCCCAACAAAAGGCUCGGGAUCAAACUCCCCUUCCUUGUGAUGACUAUCAAGAACUUAAAAAAAUAUUUUUCUGUCGAGGUGCAGGUGUUGGACGAUAAAAACCAUAGGAGAAGAUUUCGUCUCACUACAUUUCAGCACACAAAGACGGUGAACAUCUUUGCAUGUGCUAUGCCAUUAGAAUUGAAGGACAGAUGGAACAAAGUCCUACUAGACCUACCUGAAUACACCUGCCGGGCCUACGGCACAAAUUAUGUAGAGACCCUACGUGUGCAGAUUAAUGUCAAUUGCCGCAUUAGAAGGGUUUACUUUUCCGAUCAACUGUACUCUGAGGACGAGACCCCAGCAGAGUUCAAACUCUGCCCCCCCCCCCACCCAGACCAAGAAAUGAUCGCCCGGCAGAAUCUGUUCCUGUGA